AUGGAUGAGAAUCAGAGACAAAUAACUGCAGAUGAUAUCUUGAAGGAUAUCAAUAAGCGUCAGAAGCUUAAAAAGACAGCGAAGGUCGAUAUUCUCGAUUUAGAAGAGUUGAAGGAGUAUCAACGCCGAAAGCGAACAGAAUAUGAAAGCGUAUUGAAAGUGAAGAGACUGGACAUCGGCCAGUGGAUGAGGUAUGCCCAAUUCGAAAUUGAACAACACGACAUAAGAAGAGCACGUUCUAUUUUCGAGAGAGCUCUACAGAUCAACAGUUCCUAUGUGCCUCUAUGGAUAAGAUACAUAGAUUCAGAAGUCAAAUCCAAAAACAUUAAUCAUGCUCGUAACAUUUUAAAUCGAGCUACCACCGUGUUACCUCGCAUAGAGAAGUUUUGGUUUAAGUAUGUCAUGAUCGAAGAGUCCCUUAACAACAUUCCCAUCGUGAGAUCUUUGUUUGUCCGAUGGUGUUCUUUAGAGCCUAGCAUCAACGCUUGGGACGCCUUUGUCGCAUUUGAAAUAAGACAUAAGGAGUAUGAGAAUGUGAGGAAGAUUUACAGCAGGUAUGUAAUGGUUCAUCCUACGCUUGAUACAUGGCAAAAAUGGAUCGAUUUUGAGACCAAGCACGGCGAUACGCAGACGAUUCGUUACGUAUAUUCUCUUGCUCUUGAUACUGUUUCUACAUUUGACGCUACUCCAGAAGAAGAUAUUGUGGAAUUAAUUCGCAGCUUUGCCUUAUGGGAAGCAAAUAAACAUGAGCUGGAGAGAGCAAGUGCAUUAUUCAAAAUAGCAUCCAGCAGGUGGCCACAUUGCACUGAGCUGGAGAACUCAAGGGUCGAAUUCGAGAAAAUGUUUGGACACAGUACGAGCGUUGAAGAAUCAAUUCUGGCUAAACGCAGAAGGGGAUACGAAAAGCAAUUAAAAGAAAAUCCACGCGAUUACGAUACCUGGUGGUUGUAUCUUGACCUUAUCCAACAGUAUUUUCCUCUGGAUCUGAUAGAUGCUUUUGAAAAGUCUGUAAGUGGUAAUGAACCUAUAGAAGAGAUAAAAAGUUUGCAAUGGAAGAGGUACAUUUAUCUUUGGAUAAGAUAUCUAUUACACUUAGAAUUGCAUGAAGAUGAUGUUGAUGGCACCCGGAAUCUAUAUUUAAAACUCAUCAAUGGUGUGAUACCACAUAAGAAAUUUUCAUUCUCCAAGAUAUGGCUCAUGUACUGUCAGUUUGAACUAAGACAAGAGAAUCUAAACGCCGCCAGAAAGAUUUUAGGACAGUCAUUAGGUAUUUGUCCGAAAAGCAAGACCUACAAGAAAUACAUCGAACUCGAAAUUGAGCUGAAGGAAUUUGAUCGCGUUCGGAAACUUUAUGAGCACUAUUUGAAUUUUCAACCUGAGAAUGUCAAUAUUUGGAUUUCAUACGCCGAGUUGGAAGAAAAUCUGGGAGAUGAAGAGAGAUCUCGUGGCAUUUACGAGAUAGCGUUAAGUGAUGAGGUUGGACUCUCAAACACAGAUAAAUUUUCGUUGUUCAAUAGAUACAUCACUUUUGAGGUUGAUGCUGAAGAAUAUGCGAAAGCUAGAAUGCUCUAUCAACGAUUUUUGCUAUCUAGCAACUAUGCCGCUGCAGUUUGGAUCAAUUGGGCGAUUUUCGAAAGUUCGGUGCCAACGGAAUCACAUCUCAUCCAGAAAAAUAAUAGAGAAUUGGAAAGUGACGAAGAAGAAGAGCUGGAGUUUGAGAUCACAGAUGACAAUCGUAAGAACUCCAGGGGGGUAUUCGAGAAUGCCUUAACUUAUUUCAAAGGCAAUAAAGAUAAAGAAAGUCGAAAAUCGGUACUUAAGGCAUACGAGAAUUAUGAGAGUAUACAUGGCUCUGCAGAAAGCCUGCAGAGAAUAAAAGCUCGUCUUCCUGAAGUGGUCAAGAGGAAAAAAAUCGAAGGAAACGUGGAAAAAGAAUAUCUUGAUUACAUAUUUCCGGACGAUAAACCUGUUACAAAUACAUCUAAUUCUAAAAUUCUUGCCCUCGCCAAGAAAUGGAAGGAGGAUAGAACGGGUAUAAAUGCCAAUUAA